AGAGAUAAUAACAAAUCAACAAGUUAUAAAUCAUCAGUCAAAAGACCAAAGCAGUGAUUAAUCUUUUAAUCAAUUAUGUCGAUCAAAACCCUAUCAGGAAAAGUAUUUUUAGUAAUAACUGGUGCAAGUCGAGGAAUUGGAAAACAAAUUGCAAUAUCAUUUAGUUCAGUAUUGGAAGAAGGUUCACAUGUUCUUCUACUAGCAACGAAUUUAAAUGCUUUGAAUGAAACUGCUAAAAAUAUUCCUACCAAAGUAUCUGUUGAUACUGUUAGUGUUGAUUUGAGCAAAACAACAGAAAAUAAAUUGCAUAGUAUCAUAAUGCAGUCAUUGAAGAAUAAGGUUUUAGAACAAUUUGAUCAAGUGGUUGUAGUACAUAAUGUUGGUACAAUGGGAAAUACAACACAGUGCACAAAUAAUUUGACUGAUCUACAGAGCUGGCAUGACUAUUAUGAUUUAAAUGUUUUCAUUCCUGCAGUAUUGAAUGGAGUUAUUAUGAAAAUAUUUGAUGAAAGUACAAAUACUAAAAAAACAGUCAUAAAUAUAACUUCAUUAUUUGGCAUACAACCAGGAAGAUUAAUGACUUACUAUUGUACUGGAAAAGCAGCACGUGAAAUGUUUUUUAAAGUAUUUGCAUUAGAAAACCCACAAAUCGACGUAUUAAAUUACGCACCAGGACCAGUUGAAACUGAUAUGUUCUAUGAAGUUUGCAAUGAACAUGGUGACCCAGAAACUAAAGCAAAUUUCACUGAAAUGACAGUGAAGAAAACCGUUCUAACUUGUGAACAAACAGUUAAUCGUCUUUUAAUGGUUCUUAAAGAGCAUAAGUAUAAAUCUGGUGAUCAUGUUGAUUAUUUUAGUGCAUUAUAA